AGAUAACGGUGAAUGGGCUGAAACUAAUGAGGAAAAGCGGGUAGUAGUUGAUACUUGAACUGUGUGAGAAUUGUAGUGUGGAGCAGGCAUAGACAACUUAGUAGUUUAGCUACAGAAAUUAGGAGCUAUAUAAGUUAAAUAGAGAACAUCAGUGUAGCCAAGAACAAUGUUGAGGGGAAAGUAAGGGAGUUGGAGGUCAUCAGUCAUAUUCUCUGUCAGCAUGAGCUCCUGAAACUCUGGCAUCUUUUGAAACUUUCCAAAUAACGUCAAAGAAAGACUUGUGAGUUCUGACGGCAAAACAAUUAAUCAUAAAGUGUCUGGAAUUUCCAUUGAAACGGACAACAAAAACGUAAAAGCAGAAGAGUUUAAGGAGGCUAUUCUUAGUUGCAAGCACAAAUUUUCAAAAGGGAUGAGCUUAAGAAUAGAGUGGAAGAAAAUCCAGUCUCAAGGAGUCUCAUUUGUCUACUACAGUGGUGAAUUUACAGGUGAUCUGCGAGGCCGAGCAGAGAUGCUAAAUACUGGAAUCCGUAUUAGAAAUGUGACCAGAAAGGAUUCUGGAACCUACCGCUGUGAAAUCAGUGCAAAGAGUGAAGAGGGACAACGCCUGGGAGAGGCUACUAUUACACUCACAGUAUUGGUUGCUCCAACUACUCCGGUGUGCGAGGUCCCCAGCUCUGCCAUGACGGGGACGGUUGUGGAACUGAGCUGUAAGGAGACUGAGGGGUCUCCUCCGUCGGAGUACCAGUGGUACAAAAAUGGUAUUGCCUUACUGGAAAAGACAGGAACAGGCAGUGCUAAAGCAGCAAACAUAACUUACACCAUGAAUAAGAAGUCUGGCACUCUGCUAUUUAACACAGUUACAAAGAACGACACUGGAGAGUAUUUCUGUGAAGCCUACAAUGGGAUUGGAUUAUCUCAGAAAUGCUCAGUGAAACGAAUGCAAGUUGAUGACCUUAAUGUAAAUGGCAUCAUCGCUGCUGCAGUAAUUGUGGCUCUGGUAAUGGCACUGUGUGGCCUUGGAGUAUUUUAUGCCCAAAAAAAAGGCUACUUUACAAAGGAAAGCUCUUCCCAAAAGAAGACCAACUAUCAAUCUACAAGUGAAAAGGAUUUCAAGCAUACUGAGUCCUUUGUUAUUUAGAAGAUUUCAGCCUCUGUGAGGGACAUCAAAUGACUACUUGUUAUACAAAAGUAUCAAAGGGAUCUUUUGACCUCUACUCUGUAAAUAUUGUUUCCAUGUACUAGAUGCUGAAAACAGAAACCGCCAAUGUUUAGAGUCAGCCUAAUUGUGAUUGAUUUUUAAAAACACAAAGCCCCAAAAAACUUUUAAGUUAAAGAUAGAACUAAAUUGAAUAUAAAAGCCAAUUUACGUGAAGAUUCUCACCUUGUUAAUGUAUACAUGCCACAAUACAGGAUUUACCCUUACAGCUUGGAACAAUCUAUUCAAAUAACUUCACACCUUACCUUGCUGCUGCUAACAUUUAAUGUCUCCACCAUUGUCAAGGGCUCAAACCCUCCAGCAAUUCUGACUUAGUACCGUGAUGCUGUAUUAGAUCUGCCAAAGCCAUUUGUAAGUGCAUAAGUCAUGAUGCAGACUUAAACUCAGUAUCCUGACAGAAUAAAGCUUCCUGUAAUUGAAGCUCAAGCAGUGUUUACUCCUGUCUAAUAGAAAAUGCCUACAGCUUCUCUGUAACAAGGAAGUGUACCUCUCGCUGUAGACUAUAGAUUAAUUUCAUUCUGAAGAAGAAUCAUGCCAGAACUCAAGCUGUGGUAUCCAGACCUUAACUGUUGAAGCAUCAUUAAUAAAUGGUUCCUCAAAA